UCUUAUAAAUAUAAGCGCGCCGAGAGUACGCUCAGUUUGAGUCCUUAGUCGACUAUUGUUGGUCCGUGCAGUGCAGUGCAGCUUUUACUCCGUUUUAGUGAUGGAUUUCUUGGUAUACUUUUACUCCCUAAUGGUAUUAAUUACCAUGCAAGCUCUGAAUUUACAGGCGAUGAGUACCCGAUCCGGGCUUCCUUCGUCACGGCUAAUUCCUGCUGAAACGGAAGAUGAAACUAGUCAAGAAAAUUCGGUGAAGAAAUCGCUGGACCUGGAUUGGAGAACAAAUGUCGACGAUGACGCCAGUCUGCUAAUGCCAGCGGAUCCGCUCGUCCCUGCAACUUUAGCAGAGGCAACAAGACCCAGCAAACCGAACCGACCCGCUCUUACCUGGUGGCCUUCAAAGGUCGAUCGCUCGGAUAACUCGAAUGAAAUCCAAAGAAAAGCAAGCUCUCAGUCCGUUGGUCUCGACAUCGACCUCAAGCUCCGCCAAGACAAAUCGAAGACUGCGACUUUUGAAGAGAUCGAAACCAGGAAUGCGAAUAUUUACAACCCUCUCCUGAACCUCGACCAUUACCCGAUAGCCACAAAAAAGUACACGGUCGUUGAGCUUGAAAACAUGAACGCAAAUCAUUACAACCCUUAUCUUGACUAGAUGAACAUCAUGCGAUACCUGUGAUGUUGUAUAAUUGAGAUUGAAUUGGGUUUUCCGGGCCGAACAUUGCGGUUCCAUAUUUAGUCGAUUCAGUUAUUAUGAAUUCCAUCUCUUUUUGCACAGGAGAAAACGACGUUCCAUGACUUUAGAAAUGUACCAUGCUCGAAUCUACAACGGUUGUUACAUCGUACACGGUGUAAUAUAUUACGGUGCUAUCGAAGUUGGAAUAGGACAGGAAACGGGACUUGAUAUAAGAGAAAUGAUUUUUAUUUUCAAUUGAAUACCGGUAUUCAGGGGUGAUUUUCGCGAUAAACUUGGCUAAACUCUGGUUUGGCUUGCACAUCGUCGAGGCGCAAAACGGGGACCUCCCACGACGAUACCUGCCUCGGUAGGACAAUUGGUACGUAGGCGACAAGCGGACACCUGAUCACUCGUAAUUAUGAAUGUUGAAGCAGAGAUUGAGUUACAAGCGAGCGUUACUAAGCGCCAUAUGGACCGGCAUCUCAUUGCUUGCACAACGUCUAGUCGAUACGUGCGGGCUUCGGGAGAGUAUAAUCGCAGCGAGAUUAGAUUGGAGCUUUGCUGUUUGCUGCAGGACAAAGAGUAAAAAACAGAAGCAAAAGAAAAACUGGAUAUCGUGUUAUGUAAAUGUGCAGGGGUCAAGUGCGACCGGCACAAGAUAUAGCGAUAACUGAGAACUAUGUGUAGGUGUUUAACAAUAAGGUUACGGAUAUUACAGAUUAUAGAUACGCGUGAACGCGAGGUGCGGAUGGUUGAGAAACACGGUUAUUGGGAUUCCUAUUACUGUUUAUUUAAAAAACUGAAAAAAAAGAAAACUUUUCUGCGAGAAUAACAAACUUUUGGCUUAUGUGACUAGUUGUAAUACUCAGCGGCAAUACUAACAGUAACGUGGCUUAGGAUAUUAAUGAAUCAUUGUUACGGUCCAUAACUAUUGAAUGUAAGUCUUAAGUAUAUAAACAUAAAAUAUUAUACAUAAUAUAAAAUAUGCUAUAAAGUA